AUGUCACAGCCAUGGGACUAUAUCGCUAAGCUCGUCUGCAUUGGUGAUUCCGGGACUGGCAAGUCCAGUUUGACUAUCCGGCUCUGCGAGGGACGCUUUUCUGCCACCCAUGAUGUGACCAUCGGCGUCGAAUUCGGGUCGCGCAUCGUUCCUGUCGGCCCACCUGCGUCGAGAAGCCUUGGAUUAGAACCCCAUCGCAACGGUCCCGCGGCCUCUCUUACGAACCCCCCAUCAUCCGCGGCGUCAGACACGCAGGAAGAUACAGUCGUUUCCGGGCUCCCGCCUCCGCCGCGGAAAGCAGAUGGGCACAAAGAAGUUCAGAAAAAGAUGAAGCUGUCGCUCUGGGACACCGCCGGGCAAGAAACGUAUAAAUCUAUCACCCGGUCUUAUUUUCGGGGAGCUUCCGGGGCCCUGCUUGUUUUCGAUAUUACUCGACCUUCUACGUUCACCUCGUGUACACAAUGGCUGCAGGAUCUACGACAGAUUGCGGAAGAUGGAAUUGUUGUCAUCUUAGUCGGCAACAAGAGUGAUCUUGCGGGUGACGACUCGAGCACAAAUCAGAGGCGUGUCACCAGAGAAGAGGCCGAGGAGUGGUGUCGCAUGAAUAAUAUCGUGCGAUACGUCGAAACCAGCGCCAAGUCCGGCGAUGGCGUUGAGCGCGCAUUCCUGGAGGUCGCUGAGCGGAUAUACCAAAACAUCGAGGCAGGCAAAUAUGAUCUGAAUGACCGCCGGAGUGGCGUCAAAGGGUUUGGUGCCACGGGAGGCUCAAAUACAGGGAUGCCGAAAACUGUCACCCUGGGCCUGAAUGAUGCGAUGCGUCGUGGCGGAAACGGAUGGAGUGGAUCGUGUUGUUAA